AAUAAGAAAUACAGCAACAAAUAUUCAGGGCACCCCAGCAAAUUGAGUUCGCUUAGUUUGUUCCUGCGGACAAUUUGGCGUUUUUUGAUAAAAAGUAGUUGAGGGUGCAAUUGUAAACCAUUCUUAAGUUAAGAAAGUUUGACAGCACGUCCAGGCCGGUGAAUUUUGAGUGAAGCAAGCUCUUGUUAUUGACCUUUAUUUGACAUUUAUAAAUAAGAGCGGUAGCAGAAAAUUUUGCAGAAAAGCUAGUUUGUCAGCCGUUUUCGACCGACCAUAAAUUCAUAGAGGUGCAUACGGAAAGUUGGACGCAGUCGACUUCCAACUAUCUGCAAGAAACUGCUUCUAACAUACUACAAUUGGACUAACAACAUUAAGAAGCACACUGCGAAUUACUUGGUAAAGUAUGCACAAAGUCUUUUGGUACAAAUCAAGAAACAAUAACUAACAAAAGGAUAUUUAAUAUGAUAAAUUUGGAAGAAAUAAUCUAAAUAUUGAAUGCUAAAUUUUCACAAAGAAAUGAAGAAAUUCCGCAACAUUUAUUAGGGGUUUAGACGUUUUCGUCAGCGCAAUUGUAUUUAAUAUCUGUAUACAUGUACAUUUGUAUAUAGGAAAAGGUAUUACAUAAUUUAUGUUGAUUACAAUUCAUUAUUUAAAACAAACACAUCUUAUUGGGAGAUAAGAAACUCGUAUACGUCGAUUGGCAUUAUAAUAGUUCGCGACGAUUUUCAAUUUAAAGCCCAAUACAUUCUGUAGCCAGUAGUAUUGUAGAUCGGAGCAAAAUGUUGCGAAGACAACUUUCCUUUCGAAUGGAAGACCAGAUGAAUCGGCGAUUUUCUCGAGUAGAGUCCGGUGGUGACUUAAAAGAUUUCUUUGAUCGCGGUGACAUUGCUUCUCGAGAAAAUCGAUGGAAUUUUGAAAUAGCAUGGGAGGUGGCUAACAAGGUUGGAGGCAUCUACACAGUCAUUCGUUCUAAAGCAUAUGUUUCAACAGAAGAGAUGGGUGAGCAGCUGUGUCUCAUGGGCCCUUAUAAAGAGCAUUGUGCACGCACAGAAAUGGAGGAGAUAGAAUUUCCACGGGGUAAUCCACUUCUAGAUGCGGUGAAUACAAUGAGAACGCGCGGUUAUAAAAUACAUACAGGACGUUGGUUAGUCGAUGGUAACCCUCAACUCAUACUGUUUGAUAUCGGCUCAGGUGCAUGGAAAUUGGAUCAAUUCAAAUCAGAGUUAUGGGAAAAAUGCCAUGUUGGAGUACCACAUUUAGAUGUUGAAACCAACGAUGCCAUUAUAUUAGGCUUUAUGAUUGCUGAAUUUCUUGAGGAGUUUCGAAAUCGUGCUUUAGAUUAUUCUAGUAACCAUGAACUGCAAACCCCUAGAAUAGUCGCUCAUUUUCACGAAUGGCAAGCAGGGGUAGGCUUGAUUGCGCUACGGACACGACAUGUAGAAAUUGCUACAGUUUUCACAACGCAUGCUACACUCUUGGGCCGUUAUCUGUGUGCUGGUAAUACAGAUUUCUAUAAUAAUUUAGACAAGUUUGCUGUAGAUGAAGAAGCGGGAAAACGACAAAUUUACCACCGAUAUUGUAUUGAAAGAGCUGCCACUCAUUUAUCUCAUGUGUUCACAACAGUAUCUGAAAUAACCGGAUAUGAAGCAGAACAUUUACUCAAGCGAAAACCUGAUAUCAUAACGCCAAAUGGUCUCAAUGUUAAAAAAUUUUCCGCCAUACACGAAUUCCAAAACUUGCAUGCAGUUGCUAAAGAAAAAAUCAAUGAAUUCGUUCGAGGACAUUUUUAUGGACAUAUGGAUUUCGAUUUAGAUAAGACGCUUUAUUUUUUUAUUGCCGGACGAUAUGAAUUUGGAAAUAAAGGUGCUGAUAUAUUUAUAGAAUCGUUGGCUCGACUCAAUGCAAUGUUAAAACAUGAAAAGCCUGAUACAACAGUUGUCGCGUUCCUUAUAUUUCCCACCAAAGUAAAUAAUUUUAAUGUAGACUCCCUACGGGGACACGCUGUUAUUAAACAAUUGCGCGACACAAUUAACAACGUACAAAAUUCUAUUGGGAAACGUAUGUUUGAUUCUUGCGUAAAAGGACAUAUACCAAGCUCAGAUGAACUUCUUACAAAAGAUGAUUUGGUUAAAAUUAAGCGCUGCAUGUUUGCUAUGCAGAGAGAUUCAAUGCCUCCAGUUACUACACACAAUAUAAUUGAUGACUGGAAUGACCCUGUUUUGGGUUCUAUUCGUCGCUGCAAUUUAUUCAACUCGGUGCAUGAUAGAGUGAAAAUGGUGUUCCAUCCAGAGUUUUUAACGUCUACAAAUCCGCUUUUUGGUAUUGAUUAUGAAGAAUUUGUACGUGGCUGCCAUUUAGGAGUAUUUCCAUCGUACUAUGAACCUUGGGGAUACACUCCAGCGGAGUGCACAGUUAUGGGGAUACCAAGCAUAACUACAAAUUUGUCUGGUUUUGGUUGUUUUAUGAAUGAGCAUAUUUGCGACCCAAAGUCUUAUGGUAUAUAUAUUGUUGACCGYCGAUACAUUGGUUUAGAAAACAGUGUUCAACAACUUUCCGGAUUUAUGAUGGAGUUUGCAAGAUUAAAUAGACGACAACGUAUAAUUCAAAGAAAUCGUACAGAACGUCUCAGCGAUCUUUUAGAUUGGAGAACCUUAGGAAUUUAUUACCGCCAAGCUAGAGUUAAGGCACUACAAGCAGUUUACCCUGAUUAUGUUGAUGAUGGAUCUCUCUACAGUUCACGGAGUACAUUGAACUUUUCUAGGCCCUUCAGUGAACCACCAAGCCCUACAUCCUCCAGACACACAACCCCUGCUCCAUCAGUGCAUGGCUCAGACGAUGAAGAUUCCGUAGAUGAUGAAAAAGAAUUAAAGGAAUUGGGAAUUAAGUAAAAACAUUUUAAAUUCUAGACUAUUCUACAUAUAUGGCUAAUUCAUAUUAACAAAUUUAAAAUUUUUUUAAAUGCAGUUGAUAUUAAUUGAUGUGUAUAAAAUAGAGAUUUUAAAUUAUAUUAUAGUUUUAAGUUAUUUCAUUGAAAUAAUACUAAACAAYUCAUAAAAACCUCAGUAGCCACAAGAGCAUAUGCUCAUGUUUGAAGAGUAAUUACGUUCAAACUGUAUUUGUUGCCCUGGUGUGGCUUUAUAAAUUCCGACAACUUAGGGCAAGAAAUACACAUAUUAUCGUUCUAAAUUGCAUAUUUCUUUCAAUAGUUGAUUUUCAAAAAGUAGUAUUUUUUUGCAUUUUUUGAAAGUUUAUUUUUUUACAUUUAUAUUUUAGUAGAACGUACAUACAAACAAAUGUAAAACAUAAACUGAUUUAAAUAACGUUAUGUUAAAUAUGAGCCACAAAUAUUGGGAAAAAUAUGUGGCUUUUAGUAGGUCUCUUAUUAAACAGUUAUAUUUUCUGACAACAUCCUGUUUAUGUCGAAUACGUGAUGCAUAAAAGUGUUAAAAAGAGUUUAAAA